AUGCGCCUGAAUGAAAAGUCCAUCCACGGGGACAUGAUGGCAGGCUCGGCAACAGAUGAUCGCAAGGCCAUCGCACCACCUUGUACUGGUCCACUUGAUCUCAGCACGGUGAAGCGCACCAGCAGCACAACCCCACGAACCCGACCUCGCAUAUUCGGUUUGCAGGAAGCACCUACCUAUCAUCCCACAGAGCUUGAGUUCAAGGAUCCUAUUCGAUACAUCCAGUCUAUACGUCCUGAAGCAGAGAAAUUUGGCAUUGUCAAGAUUGUCCCACCUGAUACCUAUAAGCCUGGUUUCGCUAUCAAUACAAAGGACUUUCGUUUCAAGACUCGUGUGCAAAAGCUCAAUAGCAUGGAAGGGGAAACACGAGCCAAUGUUAAUUACCUGGAACAGCUGUACAAAUUCCAUCGUCUCCACGGCCACCCAAUCAACAAGUCCCCCCAAUUGGACAAACGACCUAUCGACUUAUUUCGGUUGAAAAAGGAGGUAACCAAGCAAAAAAAGUGGGCAGAAAUUGGUCGUGAUCUUGGCUAUACUCGCAAACAGUGCACAUCCAUGUCGAAUGCUCUCAAGUCGGCGUUUGGUCGAAUCAUUUUGCCCUAUGAAAUAUGGUUGAUGGAACACAAGGAGGAAGUCGAGGCCAAUACUACCACCACAACAACGUCAUUCAUGUCAUCAUCACCUGAUUCAUCUUAUGCUACAUCUUCACCCACACCACCACCACCAGCACAAACACGAUCAUCAUCAUCAUCAGCAUCAUCAUCAGCAUCAUCAUCGGCUGCCAACAUUGCACCACCCACCACCAAUGAGAUCGGCCAAGUAUGUGAAAUCUGCAAUACGGGAGACAAUGAAGAGGCAAUUCUAUUAUGUGAUGGGUGUGAUAGUGGAUAUCACAUGUAUUGUCUCAAUCCACCACUUCAAGCUGUACCAAAAUCGGAUUGGUUCUGUGUCAAAUGCUUGACUGCAUCUGGUCGCGACUAUGGAUUUGAAGAUGGUUCCGAAUACACGCUGGAGUCGUUUCAGAAACUAUGCAGCAAAUUCAAAACGGAUUGGUUUGCCAACAAACAACAUCAUCAUCGUGACGAUAUCAUUUCAGAAGAGGAUUGCGAAGAUGAGUUUUGGCGCCUAGUGGAGAACCCUCAUGAAACAUGUCAAGUGGAAUAUGGCGCUGAUCUCCAUAGCACAAUGCAUGGAAGUGGAUUUCAAUCUAUUGAAGGUGGUGGUGGUGGCAGUGUUGCACAUCGUAGUGGCGGCAACGCUUUGUGGAACCUCAAUGUGCUACCAGUGCUUCCGAAUUCGCUCUUCACACACAUCAAAACGGAUAUCAGUGGGAUGAUGGUACCAUGGCUGUAUGUGGGCAUGUGCUUUUCGGCAUUUUGUUGGCACAAUGAAGAUCAUUACACGUAUUCUAUCAACUACAUGCAUUUUGGUGAAACCAAAACUUGGUAUGGCGUACCUGGGAGUGAUACGGCCAAGUUUGAAGCAACCAUGCGAGCCGCUGUACCGGAAUUGUUUGAACAACAGCCUGAUUUGCUCUUUGAAUUGGUGACAAUGCUGAGCCCUGAGCGUCUUAUCAAGGAGAAUGUCAAGGUAUACGCUGUGGAUCAACGUCCUGGUCAAUUUGUGGUGACGUUUCCCAAAGCAUAUCAUUCAGGCUUCAAUCAUGGCUUCAAUUUCUGUGAGGCAGUCAACUUUGCACCAUUGGAAUGGAUCGAGCAUGGCCUUGAAUGUGUCAAUCUAUACAAGAAAUAUCGACGUCAGCCUUGCUUUUCUCACGAUGAAUUACUUGUGACGGCUGCCAAUGGUGAUCAUUCAGCUCAAGUAGCUAAUUGGCUACAAGGCGCUCUCAUGGAAAUGCAACAACGAGAAACAGAGGAGCGAAGCGAGUUUUUGAGAAGAUAUCGGAACAUCAAAAUGAUCACCGAGGACAAGCCGCUUCCUGAAGAUCUUCAACAAUGCGACUAUUGUCAUUGCUAUGUCUAUUUAUCACGUGUCACAUGUGAAUGCACCACAAAGGCCUGUUGCUUGGAUCACAUAGCUGAGCUCUGCCAUUGCGAUAUCUCGAAAAAGACAUUGACGUAUCGUUACACGGAUGAACAGCUCGAGAUGCUUGUACGCACAGUGACCCAACGUGCCAAUGCUAGCACCACAGCAUGGAAUGACAUGGCGAAACAGGUUCUCAGCAACGACCCCAAUCCAAGUUUGGAGACGAUGCAACGAUUAUUGGAUGAUGCUAAGCGUCAAGGAGCCUCUGUGCGAGAAACUCGAUGGCUGCAAAUGUACGUUGACAAGGUGACCCAGUGGCUCAAUGAAGCCAACAAGCUCAUUGUACGUCGUUCGGCAUUUCAAAGCAAGGCAACUACUACUAUGAUGCCUGCUCAUGAUUACACUGGAAAGCGAUACAAACGUAUGGGGGAUUUAUUGGAUAUGACUACAACAAUUGCAUUUCAUCCACCUGAGAUUGAACAACUACGAGACACAUAUGAUCGCUUGUCACAAUAUCGUGCAAAUAUGAUUCAAGCACUCGGUCAGCAACAGUAUCAAGACAUGCAUUCCCAAUACAACGCAUUCAGAUCUUUGCUUGAAGAAGGGAUGACUUUGGGUGGUGAUUUUCCAGAGAUGUUACAACUCAAGGAGAUUGUGGAUCGCAAAGAGUGGUACGAUGAGGCAACAAGUGCUAUACAAAAUCCAAAUGCAGCAGUGAAUGUUCUCGACAAGCUUGUAUCUGAUGCAGCUCAUUGCAAGAUUCCUCAUAAUGAUUCGACCUACUUGGCUCUCAAGCAACGACAGGGUCAUACAACAGAUUGGAUGUCACGUGCACGACACAUGUUGAAUGGGUCAAGGAGGACACAUACAGUGACUCGACAAGAGAUCCAGCAACUCGUUGAAGAUGGUAAACGAUUACCAAAGUCGUCUAUGCACAACAAGAUCCAUUCGUUAGCAAACAGCGCUUUGGAUGUUAUUGAACAAAUUGAUGAGAUUUUGGGGUAUGCACGUGACUCUGAACGCCUUGCAGAUCGGCCUGGGAUGAAAGAUUUACAUCGUGUAUUGAAGCUUGCACAUACAUUGCCUAUCAAGGUGGAAGGGACCGAUCAAUUACAAGAUGAAGCAGUGCGCAUGGAUGGAUGGAUUGGAAAAGUACGCAAGAUUUUCGGCAGCAUUCAACAUGGCAAGACGUUCGAUGCAACUGUAGAGAAUCUUGCGGAUAAUGUCAAACGAGUUACACGUGAUACAAUCGGUGUAUUGCACAAUGAUACAUCGAUGGAGCAAGAUUUAUACUGCUUUUGCCAUGGUCCCGAAUCAGGUCUUAUGAUUGAAUGCGACGUAUGUCAUGAAUGGUAUCAUAGCCCAUGCGUCAACAUGUUACCCAAAGACGCCGAAUUGGAUCAAUCUUUUGUUUGCCCUAUUUGCGACAACACAAGGAACAAGAGAUCUACUUUUCGAAUCAAUGCCGAUGACUUGAUCACCGUGGUCGAUGAUGCAGAGCAAUUGUUAUUUGUACCCAAGAUCUUUCCCACCUUGUCUGAUACCGUGAUGCGCUUCAAAUUAUAUCGCAGUCGACUCCAAACCUUUUGUAACAAAGAAUUCACCGUGAAAGAUAUACCUGCCAUCAAGAGAUACUUGAGAGGUAUCGAAGGGUUGAAGAUCAGCAUGGAUCAUGAAGCGAAUGUAUUGCAAAGCAAAUUGAUGUCCAUUGACCUUUCCAAACCGCCUCAGCAGUCAUCUCCAAUGCAACCACCACAAAAUCAGGCAACACCCAUAUUACAAUCACCACAAAUUGUGCCAAAGCAACAACAACAAGAAGCGCCAUUAAAGCAGCAGCAGCAGCAGCAUGAAUCACCAUCACAAAUGUCACCCAAACAACAACAGCAGCAACAGGACCCACCAUCUAAAAAGCACAAAUCGUUAAAGCAUCAUCCCAAGCAUAAUCCAUGGUUACCAAGGACAGCAGCAGGACCAUUCCAAAGCGAUGUAUAUUGCGUUUGUCAGCGUGUUUUCAAUUUGAAUGAAGCAACGUCUCCCAUGAUCGGCUGUGAUACAUGCCAUGGAUGGUUCCACAUUGAGUGUGUCAAUUUCACGCGUGCAGACCUGCUAAGCAUGGAUCGAUUUUCCUGUAUUGAAUGUUUAAAUAAGAAUCGACGACCACCACGACCACCACCACCUGCUGCUGCCACUGUUCCACAUCAGCAGAAAUCUCCCGCUAUGGCUAAUUCAUCACCCACAACCAUCCGCAUCAAGCUCAAUCGCACACAGCUACCAUCACCCACAUCAUCAUCAUCCUCUUCUUCAAAUACCUCAUUGCCUGCGACUACUACAGCCAAGCGGAAAUUAUCCUUCAACGAUGAUUCACCAUACCAACACCCCUCUUCUCACAAACAAUCGAAAUUAUCAUCAUCAUCCGAUCCCUCAUCUGCUCAUUCUCCUCCUCCUCCUCCUUCUGCUCUUGUUGCCUUUACACCUACUACUUCCAUAUCCCCAUCCAAUCAAUAG